CUCCUCUCCCCUCGCCGUCUCCGCAGGAGGAGCGGCGCGACGCUUUCGGCGGUGGCUUCGGGGGGCUCGGAGGCGGCGAGGCAGCGGGUGGCGGGCCUGGAGGAAGAGCUGCGGGUCUGGCGGAGCAGCGGAGCCGCUGCCAGCACAGAUGGAAGAGUUGCAGAAUUUAGUUAUGUAAGGAGUGGCAAUUUCGCUGACGCUGAUAAAGAAUUUGUGUGGUCUCUUUGGAAACAUCUCCAGGUGUCAAAAUCAGAUCUUACUCAAGCUGUCAGCUUGGUUGUGGAAAGAGAAAAACAGAAAGCUGAAGUCAAGGACAGAAGCAUUUUAGAGAUUUUGCAUGCCAAAGAUAGCAAAAUGGAACAUGUUUCUCUAGAACAUAGUGUGCUGCAGCAGGAGAUAAACAGCUUAAUGCAGAGAAAAAGUGCUGUGGAUGAGGAAAAUGCCCGUUUGAAGAAUGAAUUUGGUAACUUGAACCGGAAAUUUAAAGAUAAAAGCCAAGAACUUAAGGACACCAAGGAGUGUGCACAGAAGAAGGAAGAGCAAAACAGACUGGUUAUAAAAAACCUGGAGGAGAAAAAGAAGGGAUUAAAUAUAUGCUGUGCUGACCUGCUAAGUGACCUGGAGAAACUGAGGAAGCAGGAGGCACAAUGGAAAAAAGAAAAAUCUGGCAAUAAUAUCAGAAUAAAGAGCAGAGACAAGAGAACUAAUAAAAAGUUGCACAGUAUAUGCAGUAACUUGUCAUCUCAGGUAGAUGUGAAACAGGAAGAAUUUUUCCAAAAGGAUUGUGAUGUGGUCAGAGCUAAGAAGGAGUUAGAGGAGCUACAGAAUCUUUGCAGACAAAACAUUGAGGAUAGAACACAGCAGGCUGAGCUGAUAAAGCAGCUAGAGGCUCUCAAUGCUGAUACACAAAAAGUACUGCAAGACCAAGAAUAUGCUCACACAGCUAAAACAACAUAUCAAAAAGUAUUUCAACAGCCUUCUUUAAGGGAGCUGGAGUGCUAUAUUACAGUGCAAGAAUCUGAACUGGAGCUUUUGCACAAAAAAUUGAAGAAAGUGGAUCUUAACCUAGAACCACCUGUGAAACGUUCAAGGUCUCUGUCCCCAAAGAGCUCUUUUAGAGAGUCAGAGGAACUAAAGAAGCUUAAAAUAGCUGAAAGGAAGAUUGAAAACUUAGAGAAGACACUACAGCUAAAGUCUCGAGAAUCUUAAGAGCUAAGAGCAGGCUAUGAAAAACAUGAAGAAAGGCUGCAGAUGUUACAGACCAACUACAGAGCACUAAAAGAGCAAUUACAGCAGUGGGAAGAGGGCAAUAGCAGCCUUGAAAAUAGUAAAAGCAGAUACCAGCAUACAGGCUUCUGUCAGCUUUGUCAAGAAGAUCCUGAUGUGAUGUGGAAUGAACUGGCUUUUUUCAAAAGGGGGCACAAAUACUCUCCCCUGGACCCACACCAGAGGCUUCAUGACUCCCUUCCAGAGGAACUCAGAACUGGAAACAGCAAUACAGACGUGGCCUCACCAAGGCUGAGCAGAGAGGUACAACAACUAGAGAGAAGAUUCAAAGAUAUUGAAGGGGAAUUAAAGAAACAGAAAGAAGUAAAUAAAGACUCACUGAAUGAGAAAAUGUAUUUGAAAGAAUUUUUAAAAGUGCAAAAGGAAGAUUCAGACACAAGAAAAAGAGAGCUGGAAACACUAUUUAAGAGGAUUUGUGAGGUCAAAAAAGAAAAAGCAGAACUUCAUUUCAUGAUUGAUGAGAAGGAGAAAGAAGCUGCCUCUUAAGUAACAGAUGCUAACAGGUUGAGAAAUGAAAGUGAAGAUUUGCUGAGUCAAGUGCAGGAGCAGAAGUGUUUGUUGGAUAAAGCCAAAGCAGUAGUAAUUUCUGGGCAAUGUAAUUGCAAGAUAACAGGCACCAAGGUUAAAUUAAAAACAGCCAAGAAAAAGAGCUCUUUGGGACAUCAUGGAGCUUUUCUCAAACAGUCCAUCAAGGUUAUGAGUAAUGUGUUUGAGAACUUCAGUAAGGACGGCUGGGAGGAUGUGAGUGAAAGCAGUAACUCUGAAAUAACAACUUCUGAACGUUUGGAAACAGUGAUUAUGAAGACAGUGCAAAACAUUUAUCUACUGCCAGACAGAAGUACACAAGAAGAAAAAAAGCCCUGCAAUUUGCUUCAUUUAGAAGUCCAAAAUGAGCAACAUAAUAAAAAGAUUUCGGGCGCUGAGACCGCGAAGUCACUGAGAGCACAGUCCGGGAGGAAGAACGGAUCGGGGAGCCGCGGGCGCGGGAUGCAGCGUCUCUCCGUUGAGUCUGGCGCCACCCAGUGGCAGCGGCGGCGCCGCAGCGCGGCCGUUCGGAGCCGCGGAGAGCGACGCGCGCUCCUCACCGCGGCUCGCCUGGUGCCUUGCAUAUUAACCAAAUUUUCUAGCAGUGAUAUGGAGUCCAGCUUCUUCCCCUGCAGAAUUUCUCAGUUGGAGAGGGAUGUUAUUAUGAAAAGACAUUUGAUAGAGGACUUAAGGUCUUGCCUGAAAGCAAAUCAAGAAAAUGAGAAAAACCUCAAUGAAACAUUGGACAGUCUUGAGAGAAAGGUGAAGUCUCUGGCUGAAGACAAAAAAGCUUCCACUGACUCAAUGAAACAAAGGUUUAAUCUAGCUAUGAAAGAGAAGUCUCAGUAUGAGCAGAUAUAUCACAAAGCCAAAGAUGAUUUGGAGAGAAAGGAUCUCAAGAUUGCUAAACUAGAGAGAAAAAUGGUUGAGACUGAAUGUGCUAUGACUGAGCUUGAAACUGCUGCAUCUCAUCUACAUAGCUUGGCUAAACAGAGUACACAGGCUUUGGAAACUACUGCUGCUGCUUACCAUACUAGUACUCCAAUGUCUUCGGGCCUGGAAUAUGCAGAAAACUCUAACUGGAGAGUUACAUCACAGUGUACAAGAGCUAAGAACAAAAAUCAAACUGGCAAAAAAAAAAUGGAGAAAUGAAAGCACGCAAAAACAGUCUUUCACAAAAGUCUUCAGUUAGCAACGUCUAUCCUUAAUGUUUCAACCACUGAUCUUUACAAAAUACUACAAGAAGGAGAUGAUCAGGUAAGUUAUUAUAAGGACUUCAGUAAAAAAAGCAAAAAUGAGAAGAUGCUGACUAUAUCCUCCUUGAAGAAAAGAAUUUGCAGUCACUGUGAAUAUAUGUGUAAAACACCAGAAACAAAAAUGGAAUUUGGAAAAACUAAAGAAUGACUACAGCAUAUACAGAAACUUCUUGAAGCACAGGUUCCUUUUGCCUCAUACUUAAUGGAUGCUGUACUGGAAAAAUUAAAUGAGAAGAAGAAAUUGGUAGAAGAGUACAGUUCCCUCAUGAAGCACACUGUAUGAUAGUGCCACAAUUUAUAUUUGCAAAAUGUGACUAAAAUGUGUGCUGUUUCCUCAUGUUUUUCCUCUUUUCAUAAAGACCUGUCAAU